AUGGAUGCUCAUGUCACCCAAUUGAACCCUCGCAAAUUGCAGGCUCUUAGACGCAGUGACUCCGAUGCCGAAAAAAUAGCUGUCCUAAUUGAUCCCACCUUGUCGAGGUUUAAUCGCUAUCUACAUCCACGGGAAAUAAUAUCCCAGCUGAGAAAACGACAAGAAUUUAAGUUUAGCACUAACAGGUCUGCAAUGUCGGCCAUUUAUGAGGCAUUUGCAAGCAUUUUUCUCAUCCAGUCUGCUACUAAUUACCUACACUGGCAAUAUUAUUGUUCAAUCGAGCAGCACCCUUUACACCUUUUUGGACUUGGCCGAAUUCUCUACUUGGCCAUUUGGUUAGGCGGCUCCUUUUUGAUCGCUGCAUUCGCCGCAAACCUUCUGCCGGUCUAUGAGUUGCCAGAGGCCUAUAUUCGUGCAGCGAACAAUCCAUCAGAGCUGUUUGAGGCCGUCAAAGCUGGAAAGAACUACACCUGGUUUCUGCUCGGAGACGGCCUUGCAGUGGAAAAGAUCAAGGUUUGCCAGACCGCAUUUGAUAUUGCAGGAAAUGACCAAGCUCUUGAGGAUUCAGAACUUCUACGUAUGCUAGAAUAUGCCUUGGCUCAUUGGCCAAACGAAGUAUACGUUUCCUCAUUGGAUGAAGCUGUAAAUCGAUUGCUGAGCUCGAAUACAUACAUAUUCAUUGGGGAGACAAUAGAAAUACGCUAUCUAUCUAUGGUCAUCUGCGAUCUCUACACAGUGAGCUAA